GACACUUAGCAUAUAAAACAUAUUGGUGUCAUGUUAAUAAUUCAUUUCGUUUUCAUAAACCAAUAGUAAUAAAAGGACAAAUAAAAGCUUUUAGUCCAAACACGAUUUUGCAUAAAAUCAACUGCGAAGUGAGAAACCAUGGCCUUAAUAAUUGAAAAUCAGAAAAUCCUUGAAUUUCUUGAACUAGUUGGUCGUUUGAAGCACGUAAAACGAACAGGCUGGGUGCUCUGCAAUAUUGACGAUUGCGAAUCGAUCGCUGGUCACAUGUAUCGUAUGGGCUUAAUGACCUUUUUGCUCACAGAAGAAAACAAUCCAACAAAAUUAGACCGCUUUAGAUGCCUACAAAUAGCAUUAGUUCAUGACCUAGCUGAAUGCAUUGUUGGUGAUCUGACACCACACUGUGGAGUAUCUCCCGAGGAGAAACAUAGAAGAGAAGAUGAAGCCAUGAAAAAGAUUGCUGAGCUCACUGGCAUUGCUGGUGACAGGAUGUAUGACCUAUAUAAGGAAUAUGAAAACCAAAGUUCUCCUGAAGCCAAAUUCGCCAAAGACUUAGACCGCUACGAUAUGAUUCUACAAGCAUUUGAAUAUGAGAAACGAGAAAAAGCACCAAAUAAGUUGGAAGAAUUUUUCAAGGCUACUGAAGGAAAAUUCAACCAUCCAUUUAUAAAAGACUUAGUUACAGAACUGUAUAGACAAAGGGAAGAAUUUGAGAAGAAAUGUCUUCUUAAUGGAAAUGCUUAAUUUAAUUGUUUGCAGGCAAAUUAAGAUCUGAACAUAACAUUACUAUGCCUAUUUAAAAAUACAGUCUCGCACAUUUUGAUUAUUGGCUUGUAUUAGUUGAUUUUAAAUUGCAUUAA